CUUUUUUUAAAAAAAUCCCCAAUACCAAUACGAAAACCAAAACCCCCCUUUGAUUCUUCUUGCUCCAAUCUCUGCCCCCCUCCCCCCUCUCUCUCUAUCUCUCUCUCUCUGAGAGAGAUUUCUUCCUUCCUUCUACCUCCCCCGUCCAAAAUAAAAACCCUCUCAAUCCCUUUAUUUACACAACCUGCCACUCUCCCUCAUCAUGCCUACCUCUUAAUUAUAGCAAUAAACAAACCCUAAGCGUUUUUUUUUUCUUUUGUUUGGCUAUCUUCUUCCUCUGUAUCUAGGGUUUUCUUUUUUAGGUUGGUUUUGUAAAUAUGGAUAGAUCCGAUGGCAAACUUCCCAACAACUUCUCUCAAACUUCCUCAGGUAAUGCGCUUUUUGAUGCAUCCCAAUACGAAUUUUUUGGUCAAAAUGCUAUGGAAGAAGUGGAGUUGGGGGGUCUAGAUGAUGGUGAACAGGAUGCUCCUGUGUUUGCAUCCGCUGAAGAUGAUGAGUACCAUUUGUUUGAUAGAGGAGAGGUUGUAGGUUUAGGUUCUUUAUCUGACAUGGAUGAUCUGGCUAGUACUUUUGCAAAGUUGAAUAGGGUUGUUACAGGACCAAGAAAUCCAGGAGUUAUUGGUGAUAGAUCUGGAUCUUUUUCAAGGGAAAGUUCAUCUACUGCUGACUGGGCUCAAGAUGGAGAGUAUGUAAACUGGUUGGAUCAGCAUAUGUUUGAUGCAGAAGAUGCUCAAGAAGGCAAGAGAUGGUCCUCACAGCCACAACCUUCUUCUGCUCGUGUUGCCGAAUCAAAGCCUUUAUAUAGAACUUCUUCAUAUCCCCAGCAGCAACCACAGCCACAUCACUUCUCAAGUGAACCAAUUGUUGGCCCCAAAUCAACCUUCACAUCUUUCCCUCCUCCUGGUAGCAGAGGCCAGCAGUCUUCACCUGCCCACCUAAAAAUUCCUGCUCUUACCAGUGGAUCUCAGUCACCCUUCUCUGCAGCCAGCCUCUCUCCUUUGUCCAACUCCAGUCUUCAUCUGGCUGGUCUAUCUCAUGGAUUGCAUUACAGUGGUAAUAUGUCCCAGUUAACCUCUCCUGGCCUAUCUUUUAGUAGCAGGUCCCAAAAUCACUGGGUUAACCACUCUGGGCUAUUACAUGGAGAUCAUGCUGGCCUUUUACAGAGUAUGUUGCAACAUCAAAUACCUCAUCAAAAUGGCCUAAUCUCCCCACAGUUAAUUUCACCACAACAGCAGAGACUGCACCAUUCAGUUCAACCAUCUUUGGCACAUUUUGCAGCAUUGCAGUCUCAGCUGUAUAAUGCCCAUCCUCCAUCUCAUAAAAUGAUGCUUGGACUGGGCGAUCAUAGGGAUCAACGAACAAAAUCAUCACAAAGAAAUAGGCAGAGCAUGCGUUUUUCUCAGCAAAGCUCUGAUAUUGGUAGCCAGAAAAGUGAGAGUGGGUUGGUGCAAUUCAGAUCCAAGUAUAUGACUGCUGAAGAGAUAGAGAGUAUUCUUAAGAUGCAGCAUGCUGCCACGCAUAGCAAUGAUCCCUAUGUAGAUGAUUAUUACCACCAAGCUUGUCUUGCCAAAAGAUCUUCUGGAUCCAGGGCUAAACAUCAUUUUUGCCCAUCUCACCUGAAGGAAUUACAUUCUCGAUCUCGUAACAGUGGAGAGCAGCAUUUGCAUCUCCAUGUUGAUGCACUUGGGAAGGUACCCCUCUCUUCCAUUCGUAGGCCUCGCCCGCUGCUUGAAGUUGAUCCUCCCUUAGGUUCAGGUGAUGGAGGUUCUGAACAGAAAACUGAGAAGCCCCUGGAGCAGGAACCAAUGCUUGCUGCUAGAAUAACCAUUGAAGAUGGUCUUUGUCUUCUUCUUGAUGUAGAUGAUAUUGAUCGGCUCAUACAAUUUAGUCAACCCCAAGAUGGUGGGGCUCAGCUCAGACGGAGGCGGCAGAUCCUGCUUGAAGGUAUGGCAGCAUCACUUCAGCUUGUUGAUCCACUUAGCAAAGGUGGGCAUGCAGUUAACUGUGCUCCCAAAGAUGACAUCGUGUUCCUAAGAUUAGUCUCUCUUCCGAAGGGCCGUAAGCUCCUCACCAGGUUCCUUCAGCUUCUCAUCCCUGGAAGUGAGCUUAUUCGAAUAGUGUGCAUGGCUAUUUUCCGUCACUUGAGAAUCUUGUUUGGUGGUCUUUCUGCUGAUACGGGAGCAGCCGAGACAACUACCAAUCUUGCAAAGACAGUUUCUAUGUGUGUUAAUGGUAUGGAUCUUCGUGCACUUAGUGCUUGCCUUGUUGCAGUUGUUUGUUCUUCUGAGCAGCCACCACUUCGGCCCCUUGGAAGCCCUGCUGGGGAUGGUGCUUCUGUUAUUUUAAAAUCAGUCCUUGAAAGGGCCACACAACUUUUAAGUCAUCCUUCUGGAAAUUGCAGUAUGCCUAAUUAUGCUUUCUGGAGGGCUUCGUUUGAUGAAUUCUUCGCUCUUCUUACCAAGUAUUGUGUGAGUAAAUAUGAGACUAUAAUGCAGUCAAUGCAUACCCAGACUCAGCCAACCACGGAAGUAAUUGGUUCAGAGGCUAUAAGGCGUGAAAUGCCUUGUGAGCUUCUACGUGCUAGUCUUCCUCACACAAAUGAAGCCCAGAGGAAGCUUUUAAUGGACUUUUCUCAGCGUUCUGUGCCCAUGAAUGGAUCCAAUUCGCAUGCUGGGAAUACUAGCCAAAUAAACUCUGAAUCAGUGAGGGGUUAAUAAAGGACAAGGGUAGUGUGAAAAUGUCCUGAAAACUGCACCUAGGUGGAAUGUAGAUCGGGAGAGCAGAAGCAAGGGGUGUGUAUUUGCUUUAGGAGUCUGGUUUAGAGGGGCAAGCAUCAUCUGCCUUACACUUUGGAUUUGGUCUAUGCCCCCCCUCCCCUCUCUUAAACGCCUCCAGCCAUCUCCCCUUCCCAAUCUCCUCCUCUUUUUAUUUUCUUUUUAUUGAAAAAAUAUCCUUCCUGAGAAGGAAUCCGAGAUUGGCAACUUGAUGAACUUUGUAGUAACGCAUGAAUGUGUAUUAUGAUGGAUGUUAUGAUGGGAGUUGGUGACUGGAAGUUUAACCUUCUGGGGAGCUUUAUUUUGGUGCUCUGCUUUGAGACUCCAAUACAAGUGGAAGCGUAGUGGGUUAGAAUGUACAGGUGGUCUUUACAGAACCUUGGAAACUCCUUUUUAUACUGUUUCAUUACGUUAGUUCUGGGGGAAUCUGAUGAUAUGUCCAAGUUGGUGUAGUGCUUUUUUUUUUUUUUUUUUUCGUUUUUUUUAAUCUAUUUGUUGGAAAACUGACAAGUUAUUCAAGGGGCUUCUCUGAGCAAUCAGAAUCCUGUAAUAAUUGAAAAGUCCUUUUUAAGAUGUUUAUGUAAUCAGGCGCUGCUAGUGUCAUUCUGUCA